AUGGCUCAUGGCAAGAAAAAGAAAAAGUCUGCGCCGAAUCCCGCUCGUGCUGUUGCCACAACGUCUGUGGCGUCUAAGAAGCAUGAUCAGGGGGAAGCGGACCCUGAAUCAGAUCCUCAAGUAGGGAUUGAGGCGAAGAGCAAGCUACCGUCGAGAAAUGACUCGUCUAAUCCAGAUGGCCCAACUACUGCAAAUGAUCAAGCGCCGGAGAGGCCGCUGCAUGAGCUGAGUCCAGAAGAAUUAGAAGCUCACCUUGAGGAAGCAGACCUUCAAAAUCUUGUCGAUAAGCAUGCUGAAAAGAUCAAACGAGAAGCAUCAAGGCAAGUGUCAAGAUUGGAAACGGAGAAGCGCCUUCUUCGCACGCACUCUGAUCGACUGACGACCAAGCCGUGGUUACCAGACGAGGUUGUGCAACUAGUGCUUGAUUUUGUGCACUCCGAACGGGCUACUUCAGACUCGAAUUCAUACAAAUCCAGGAUUUCAUCCAUUCAAGAACUCUCCAGUGACGAGAUUGUAUUAAGGAUGUGGCAACUUCAUCUCAUGUUACCGCACUUAUCGUUCCCCAAGGAAGACAUCUCGGAGGUUCUAAGGCACACGUUGCACAGAUACUCUGAUGACCCCUCGUCAUUGGCUUUAGAUACCAGAGAUGAUGUUUGGGGUCUUGAAACAUGCCUUGAUUGGUUGGCCCGAAAGACAGCAGGGCAAAACGAGUCAGAUUACAGCUUCUCCAGGCAAGAAGUAACGACGAUAGAGCAAACGCCUGUGAAUUUCGGCGAAGAUACUGCGAACGCGCACGGUACUGGAACAUCAACUCCGACAUCGUGGGAAUUUGUUACCAACCAGGAAACGAAUGACGAUAAAAUGGCCGAAAUUAGCGAUUUACCGAGUGAUAUGGAGCCGGAACAACUAGUGGAUAGGUAUCUGCAACUGCAGCGAAGACUGUUCGAAAUUGAUGCAAAGGUUGUAGAGUCGAGGCCUGGAAAAAUAAAUAAGAAUAGAGUGCCUAAUUCAACGCGGAAUAGUCACAACAAUGUCAGGCCGAUAAGCCCCAAAAUUAAACGACUCCAGGCUCAGAUAGCAAAAAUCACCUCAGAUAUCUUAUUUGAUUCCGAACGGGCUCAAAUGCUAUGGGAAUCACAUUACAUUGAAUUAUGUCAGGAAAAGGCUGCAAGACAACGACUGGAUAUUGAUGACCAUACUCAGCCGGACUCGCCUGUCAAGUCUCGUUUGCCAGAUGAGCCUGUAACGACAGAGGACACCGAGAGUGGCGUGGGAGACUUCUUCUCCUCUCUUCCCGAAUUGUCCGCAAAUCCCGAGGAUGGCAGUGCUCUACAGACUACAGACGACGGAGGUAGGCCAAUUCAGAUUCGUGAUUUUGGUACAUGGAACGGCAUGGCACCUCGCAGAGUCUUGGAAGACGCCUGCAAAGCUAGAGAUCCUUCUGCCAAAGUUACCUUUAGUGUGAUAUCGAAAGCGUCAUUUAGUUGUCGACACGCCGUUCAGAUACAAUGGUCGAAGCCGCAACAACAGGAUAUUGUAUCUUCUCCGCUAGACUCGAUGAGCACCGAGGGCUCUAAUUCGCGACAAGCAAGACUCGCGAUGAUCUCGGUGUCUUGUCCCAAUUCGAUUCAGUCCGAAACAUUCGUCGCAACUGUGGCCCUUUUCUCGAUAGUGGCACAUUCUCCUAGAGAGGAGAAAGCUUCAUUUCGGCUACCAGGGGUAUGGAGAGACCUCUGGGCGGAAAUGACGAGAAGAAGGCAGGAGCAGGAAGAUACGGUCGAUCGAGAAACCCUUCGUACCCUUCGGAAACUAGUAGCAGACGCGCAAAUCUCUAGUGAGAUCGAUUUGACGCCGUCGAAAGAUACGAGACUUGAGUAUUCUGAAAGUACUCUUCGAGGACGAUCUACGCUUGCGACUGGAACACCAACUGAUCUUCAACAAAUGUGGCAUCGCAAAGCCUCUUCGGCGAAGUACAAGGCGAUGCUCACUUCUCGAGCAAGGCUGCCGGUCUGGCAGUAUCGGGAGCAAAUACUCGAAGCCAUAACAAGCAACCAAGUGGUCAUCAUUUGUGGCGCAACAGGUUGUGGUAAAAGUACUCAAGUCCCUGCUUACAUCCUUGAGUAUGAACUUUCCAACCAACGUCAUUGCAAGAUCUACUGCUCGGAGCCCCGUAGGAUUUCUGCAAUAUCAUUGGCUCGACGUGUGAGUGAAGAGUUAGGCGAGCAGAAGAACGAUGUCGGGACUGCCCGGUCACUCGUCGGCUUUGCAGUAAGACUUGAUAGCCAGAUGACAGCGCAGACAAGACUUGUAUAUGCUACGACUGGAGUCAUCAUGAGAAUGCUUGAAGGUUCCGAAACGCUUGAAGAUAUAACGCAUCUCCUCCUGGAUGAAGUACAUGAACGCUCAAUUGAUAGUGAUUUCCUUCUGAUUGUCUUGCGGAAGCUCCUCGUGAAGCGCCCAUCCCUCAAAGUCGUCUUGAUGUCUGCCACCGUCGAUGCUCAAAAGUUCUCCGCUUACCUGGGAGAUGCGCCAAUCUUCGAAGUCCCCGGGCGAACCUUUCCCGUUGAGACAAGAUAUCUGGAAGAUGCUAUCGAACUUACCCAUUUCAAGCUCGGCGACGUGGGUGCAAUACCCAUCGAGGACAACGAUGCAGAUCAAGAAGAUGAUAGCGAACCUGCUAGUACGAAAGAAUCCCACUCAUCCAAAGAGUUGGCCAAUUACAGCCUGCAGACACGAAAGACGCUAGCGCAGCUUAAUGAAUAUCGCAUACCUUUUGAUCUCAUAAUUAAACUCCUUGAGAAGAUUUUGUCUGGACAAUUGUCCGACUACAACAAGGCCACUCUGAUAUUUUUACCUGGUAUUGCAGAAAUACGGCGGCUGCAUGAUAUGUUGACUAGCCACCCGACGAUUCGACAAAGCUGCGAGAUCUUUGCAAUGCACUCUUCGAUUGCCACCGAGGACCAAGAAAGGGCUUUCCUGGUACCUCCCAAGGGCAUGCGUAAAAUUGUCCUCGCUACAAACAUCGCCGAGACUGGUAUCACGAUUCCAGACAUCACUUGCGUCAUUGACACCGGAAAGCACAAAGAAAUGAGAUUUGACGAACGUCGCCAAUUAUCACGUCUCUUGGAAGUUUUCAUCUCGCAAGCGAAUGCUACUCAACGGCGUGGACGUGCUGGACGGGUCCAAAAUGGCCUCUGCUUUCAUCUCUUUUCCAAACAAAGAUUCGAGAGAAUGGCAAAGGAACAAACGCCGGAGAUACUGCGCCUAUCACUUCAAGAUUUGGUACUGCGUGUAAAAAUCUACAAAAUGGGUGGUAUUGAGGAGACACUAUCCGAAGCACUUGACCCACCUUCAGCCAAGAACAUACGCCGAGCAGUGGAUGCCCUUCAAGAUGUCAAGGCCUUGACUGUCAUGCAGAAUCUUACCUCACUAGGCCGACAGCUUGCCCGCUUACCUCUAGAUGUGUUUCUCGGCAAAUUGCUGCUUCUCGGCACGAUAUUUGGGUGUCUUGAUGCUACAUUGACCAUCGCCGCUACUUUCUCAGCUAAAUCGCCAUUCAAUUCGACGAUGGAUUCUAGGACACAGGUCGAUCAAGCGCGACUAUCAUUCAAAAGAGGUGACUCGGAUCUGCUGACAGCGUACAACGCCUAUUCAGCGUGGCGGCGAGUCUGCAAUAUAACUGGCGUUUCAGAGCAGCAGUUCUGUCGGAAGAGCUUCUUGAGUGUUCAGACGCUCCUGAACAUUGAGGACAUCAAAGGCCAGCUUUUCAAUUCGCUCAUAGAUGCAGGUUUGCUUACGCUGACAGCUGAGGAGCGAGGAAGAGUUAGGGGCAGCCGUCCAUCCUUCGGCCAUCGAAACUUUGUAGACGUACCUGCAAGAUACAACAUCAACGGUGCCAACGACACGAUCCUCAAUACCACCAUCGCAAUGUCUUUCUAUCCCAAGCUCCUGAAGAGAGAAGGCCGAGCAUGGCGCAAUGUUGCCAACAACCAAUCCAUUACCCUCCAUCCUACGUCUGUCAACAAGCGAUCAGAAAAUCCACCUAGCUGGGUCUCAUUCUACCACGUCAUGCAAUCUGGCAACAAGAGUCUCAAUGCACAUGAGACCAGUGCUGUCGACGACCUUGCAGUAGCAUUGUGCUGCGGCGAUGCGGAUUUCAAGAUGCACGCCGGAGUUCUUGUGGUGGAUGGGAAUCGUAUUAAAUUCUCGGUCAAGGAUCGAGCGAUGAUGCUCGUGUUGAAGACUCUCAGAAGUGGAAUUAAGGCAAUAGUCGAGAAGCAGAUCAAGCAGCCUGGCAGCAAGCUUGAUGAGAAAGAGCAACAUCUCAUGGAUAUAUGGCAAAGAGUGUUCACGGCAGAAGAGACGAGAACAGGUUGA